CACAUCAAGUGUACUCUGAAGAAGACAGUCACAAAAAAACAAGCAAAAUGAAAUUGUUCAUCGUUCUUGCUCUGGUCGCUGCCGCGUACGCUGCUCCCCAACAGAAUCCCCAGGACGUUCAGAUCCUCCGAUAUGACGUCAACAACGCUGGAUUGGAUUCUUACAGCUUCGCAUGGGAGCUAUCAGAUGGAUCCAAGCACGAAGAACAAGGACAGCUUAAGAACCAAGGCACGGAAAAUGAGGCCAUCGCUGUGCAGGGACAGUACGCGUGGGUCGGCCCUGAUGGUGUCACCUACGUAGUCACCUACACUGCUGAUGAAAAUGGCUUCCAGCCACAAAUCCAGCAAGGUCCCGGUGGUGCUGUUCCAUCAGCGGUCGUCGCCUCACUCCUAGGCUAGAACAACUUCUAGAUUAGCUUCUUAAGACUGUAAAUACUCUUGAUGAUGUAUAUAAUAUUUAUAUACUGACUCAAUAACCUUAAUAGUAUUGUUUUAGAUAAUAAAGGAACUGAUUUUAUAAACUUGA